AUGCCAAACACGGUCAACGACACACCGAGCCCGCGGGCCGCUCCCGACCUUGUAGCCGGACAGCUGAUGGCCGGUGUCGCCAGAGCACAAACCGAUGACGUUAUGCGAGACAUGAUGCUCGCUGCCACCGACGCGUCGGCCGUGGCGGCGCAUGGGUUGACCGAGACGGGCGUCGGCGUGGUGUCGGAGAACUCGGCACAUGAUGCGUGCCCAACCCAUUGUGCGCUGGGGUCGGGCACCGUCAGCGUUCAGGGUUCUGUUUGUAUCGGCUUCGGGUUCAAUGAUGGAGGGCACAAUGCCGCCUUCUUUGGCAAUCUUGAAAAUAGCAUCAUGGGACUCGGAAGCGCCGAUAAAGGACAAAGCCUUGGUUCACCCGGAGUGUUGGCCGAGCAGUUGCCGGCGCCUAAAGUCCAAACUAAGUGA